UCGUGCCUAAAUGGUGGACCCCAUCCUGAAGGGUGCUGGGGUGGAGUAGCCGGGGGGGCUGCCUCAGACCCCCAUGACCCACCUGGCUCUGGGGAGCUCUGAGCUUCUGGGCUGGGACAGGGGGAAGCAGUAGGUGGGAGAGAAGAGGUGAGGGGCUUCUCUUCUCCCCCGUGCUCACUGGGAACCCCCUCGGGUGGCUCAGUGCUGACCCUGGCCCCAGUACGCAGAGGCAGUCGGGGGUGGCCGGGUGCCAGGAGGUGGCCGGGCAGGGUGGGGCGAUGCCGGCAUCGCCGCCUUGGCUGGCAAACAGCUUUUCAGUAAUCACAGCUGAAACUUAAACAAACCAUAAAGCCCGGGCGCUGGCUCUGCGCAGCUGGUCCCUGCGGCGGGUGCGGGAAGGUGCCAGAGGAAGGGGCGCCCACCCGGAGCCACCGCCAUGGAGCUGGGGAACAUCUCGCAGCCCCUGUACGGCCCCGGCCCCGAGGCGCCGGGGAGCAGCACUCCUGGCCUCGUCAGCAUGGUGCACGGCUUCCUGCGGCUGGUGCAGCCCCACGGCCUGCCCAUCGAUCUGAUUGCAGAUUUGGUGCAGCCCCAGAGCAAGGAGGCGUCCGAGAAGCACGUGCAGGAGCUGCUGCACUACGAGCUGGGCUUCCUGGUCUGCGCGGCCAUCGGGCUCCUCUUCAUCGUCCUGGUGCCGCUGGUGGGAUGCUGCUUCUGCUGCUGCCGCUGCUGCGGGCACUGCGGGGGCCGCAUGUACCAGAAGCAGGGCCGGCGGAUGGGCUGCCGGCGCCGGGCGCUCUACGGCUCCGUGCUGCUGGUCUCUGCCCUCCUGCUGGCCGGCGAUGUCUGCGCCUUCAUCAGCAACACCCGCCUCUCCCAGGCCGUGAGCGGCACCUUCCCCAACUUCAACGCCACGGUGGACAACCUCAGCACCUACCUGGCCUCCAUCCCCCAGCAAGUGAAUUUUGUCAUCGACCGCAGCGACGUCCCGCUGGGCCGCACCAACACCAGCCUGCAGAACAUCGGGCCCAUCCUGGGCGGCAUGAUCGUCUCGGGCAUCAGGAGCAGCGUGGACGGGGCGCUGGGAUCCCUCCAGAGCCUUUUGGGAGCGAUGGAGACGCUGGCGGCCGCCUUCGGCACCAUCAACGGCACCCGCGGGCACCUCGAGGAGCUGCAGGGCAACUACAGCCAGCGGCUGGGCAACCUGCGGGGGCGCCUCGGGCAGACCCUGCAGCGCUGCGGGCAGCCCUGCGGCGGCGUCUCGCCGGAUGGCAUCGCCUUCAGGACCAACUACAGCACGAUCCCCAGUGUGGAGCAGCAGCUGGAGGCGCUGGGGGAGGUGUUGGGCUCCAGCCUCGCGGGUGAUUUGGAGAAGGUGAACAGCACGCUGGAGAAGACCCCCAAUGAGGUGCAGAAGCAGUCCCAGGAAGUGGUGACAAAGACCCAGGACCAGCUGGGCCUCAUCCAGGAGGAGAUCAGGAGCUUGCAGCAGCAGCUGCCGCUGCUGGAGGUGGAGGAAAACAUCGGGAACGUGAUGAGCAACGCCACCUCGGUGCUGGCCGACUGCCAGAAGCCGGUCACCGACUUGGAUGGGCUCAGGUGGAGCGUGUGUGCCCUCCUGUGCUGCCUGGUGCUGCUGGUGGUGCUCUGCAACCUCCUGGGGCUGCUGCUGGGGCCCCUGGGGCUGAAGGAAAGCGCCCUGCCCACGCAGCGCAGCUGCCUCUCCAACACCGGCGGGGACUUCUUCAUGGCAGGCGUCGGCUUCAGCUUCAUCUUCUCCUGGCUGCUGAUGCUGGUGGUGCUGCUCACCUUCUUGCUGGGGGGGAACUCCUACAUGCUCAUCUGCGAGUCCUGGCGCAGCCAGCAGCUCUUCCAGCUCGUGGAUACCCCCGGCCUCAUACCUGGCUUCAACUUGUCGGAGGUGCUGGGAGACGAGAGCGGCACCGUGAACUUCUCGCAGAUAUACAGGCAGUGCCAGCAGGACACUGCCCUGUGGCAGACGCUGCACCUGGACCAGAGGGUGUCCCUGGACGAGCUUUUGAACAUCAGCCAGUACACGGAGGAGAUCUCUGCAGCCUUCGAGGAGGUGAACAUCACCCUGAGCCCCAUCUCCCUGCUCAAUGAGAGCCAGGGGGACCUGCUGCUGAACGCCAGCCGGGCUGCGCAGCCCCCCAACUUCACCCGCACCCUGGAGCAGCUGGAGCAGAAUGUGACCCUGGUAAGCCUCCAGGAUCUGGCCGCGGAGCUGGAGCAGCUGGUGGACAAAGCGGGCACGGACGUGAGAGACGACCUGCAGGCUGACGCUGCCGUGCUGAAGGAGCUGGACAGGGAGAUGCAGGCGAGCUUCUCGGGGCCGCUGGAAAGCCUGAAGGAGAACAUCUACCUGGCGCAGAGCCGGGCUGCCCAGCUCGAGGCACAGACGAAAACCACGCUGGACCAAGCCAAGGAGACCCAGGACUUCCUGGGGAGGGAGAUGGUGAACAUCAUCAAGAACGAGACGUGGGCCUUCCUGGAGGAGAUGCUGGAUUUCUUCAACACCUACAUUGCCUGGGCCAAGAGCAGCCUGAGGACAGACGUGGCACGCUGCAAGCCCAUAGCGCAGACCCUGGAUAACGUGGAGGCCAUUGCCUGUGACUACCUCCUGGACUCUCUGAACGCCUUCUGGUUCAGCCUGGGCUGGUGCACCGUCUUCCUGCUGCCCAGCAUCGUCCUGGCCGUGAGGCUCGCCAAGUUUUACCGCCGCAUGCACAUCGCCGACGUCUACAGGAACGAAGCUGUGGAGAUAGGACCCGCGUACAACCUGUACAGAAUCCCCCGGCCAUCCACGAGGCAUUAGCCCCCGUCACCGUGGCACACAGGACACGGAACACGACAGCACCGGCCGCUGCACCUUCCCCCUGGGUACCGGGGAACGGGCUCGGACCCCUGCUUCUGGACCUCCCUGCCCCAUUCCCCAAAGUGCAAUGAUGCGCUGCAGCUGGAUAACGUGUGAAACAGGGGGUCUGCCCCUCGUGGUGCCCCAGCUGAGACUUUGACACCCCCCAUCGCCAGCCCAGGGUGGUGGCAGGGAAGAGGACGAGGCAGCCGAACAUCUCCCACGGGGCUUGUCCCAGCCGUGUCCCGGUGCCGUGCCGGACCACCAGCC